CACGCCCUACACGCACCUGGACACGCCCUCCGUGUUCUCCAGCACGUCCCCGUACAAAUGCCCCGUCAUGGCCACCAGUACGUUCCACCGCAUGUAUCUGAUCUCACCCCAUGGGAUGUGUCCCGCCAUGUCCCCCAGGACGGGUCCCGCGCCUCCCUGGAGGACGUUCGCUUCCUGCUGUGGACGAGUAAUAAUGCUGGCAAUGACGAGUACCAAACGCUGAAGGAAGGCGAUCUCACCACUCUGGGUCACUUCAAUGGCAAUGACCCAACCGUGGUGGUGGUGCACGGCUUCGGCGACCACGGUGACAAGGGGUGGGCGGUGACAGCCAAGACAGAGCUGUUGAAGCUGGGUUCCUACAACGUGAUUUGUGUGGAGUGGGGCAGGCUGGCCGUCUCGCCCUGGUACCCAUCAGCGGUGAAUAACGUCCCGAAGGUGGGUAAUCUCACCGCACACCUGCUGGACUGGCUGCACGAGGCGGCGGGGAUGCAGGCGGCGGAGGUGCAGGUCGUCGGACACUCCCUCGGGGCUCACGUGGCGGGCGCCAUUGGACAAAACCUUAAAAACUUUCGCCUUCCCUUCAUCACAGGCCUGGACCCAGCCGCCCCGGAGUUCACCGAAAGCCCGGAAUCUUCUCGCCUUGACAAGACCGACGCAGACUUCGUGCAGGUCAUCCACACCAACGCCGGCGGUAUUCUUGACGGCUGCGUGGGGCUCACUUACAACAUCGGCCACGUGGACUUCUUUCCUAACGGCGGGGAGCACCAGCCGGGCUGCACCAUCGGAGGCAGCUGGAUAGACCUGCUGACUGGUGGGUGCAGUCACGCCAAAUCACACAAGUACUGGAUAGAAAGCAUCAACGGUAUGCCUGCUUUCGUAUCUCGUCCCUGUAGUGACUGGGAACACUUACAUGACGGGCGCCUGCAAUGCCUGUGGUCAGGGCUGCCUCGACAUGGGCUUCCACGUGGACCGAAGAUUGCAGGGCACCUACUUUCUCGAAACCAACACGUACCCACCCUUCGCUAUGGGCGACGUCUUUCCUGCACUGUGAGCCUCACUAUGGAUCUUGAAGGUGAAGUGUUUGAGUGACUGACGCGCUGCUGCACUUGGCGGAGGCAUCGGUGGGACGCGGCGGCAGUACAAGUAUUGUGAGGAGAGCGGACCCUUGUCUUUCGUUGGCCAUCAGAAAGAGUGAAAAGAUGAGCAGCUCAGCUUUCCCCAAACUGUCCCACACCAGCACCAAGUAACAAAGACCGAUCCACCCAUGAGGCGACAACGAGGCCAGUGUAGCGGCAAGUUUUAUUGUUCGUACAAGCGAAAAUCAGCGCUGAUUCAAGGACAACACAGGAACUUGAAUACGAAAUAAAUGCAAGAAAACGUUGUAAUGAUGAUCUCUACUUCCAAACACCCAAAAUAAAAAUACUUCGAUUGCUGUGACUUCUCAUAUAUAAAGAAUGAUCCGGGGAAUAUUCAAAUGGGGUACAGUUUCGCAAAGCACUAAAGUGAUUUUCUCGAAUUCGAAAAAUAAAAGAUAUUCAAAUUAAAUCUACUUAUGUGUUGACGAUUUCAACGCCUUCAGUUUUAGAGGAGUUGAAACUACAGUGUCUACAUUUUUUUUUAUCCCUGUAUUCACACAUUUACAGGGACAUUGCCUUUGUAUGAUUCACCUUUGAAUUGUCAUUUCUGAUAUGAAAUAGGGCAUUUAAUAAAAUUGAUGAGCCAUU